ACAGCUGGUCUGUUGGCGGACUGUCGUGGUGGUGUUUUUUUAAAGCUGUUUCACCAAAUUUCCUUGUACAAAAUGUUAGGUAAAGCCCUUAGUCUCUUGCUGUUGACCGGCGUCGUGUCCUGUGCUGAAAACGCUACAGAGAGCGUGUUCAGGACUUUUAACAAAGUCGAUCCCAACUCACUGUCGUGUGACCCAGCGGGACAUGUCUUCCUGCUUCUACCACACUUCCGUGACUGCUCGAAGUUCUACAUGUGCGCUCACGGGGAAGAAGUGGAAUUCAAUUGCAACGGCGGCUUGAUAUUCGAUUUCGAGUUGCAGACAUGCAACUGGAAAUGGGCUACGAAUUGUACCCUUCGUGUUGUGAAAGAGGACAUCGACACUGAAGGUUCGGGCUUGGGUUCCGGGGAAGAGACCAUCGGUAUAUUUGGUGAAGAAGUAGAAAACGGACCUAUAGAUAUCCUCACAGCAGACUCAGCAGGCACAGUGAGGCCGCUGUCUCCAAGUAAUUUGAGGUUCUUCAACCACGAGCUGAACUGCCACAGGGCUGAUGCUGCAGCGAAACAAGUGGCUUACAAGGGCGAUUGUCAGCGGUACUGGCGGUGCGUGGGCGGCGUGCCUCAAGCCAUGUACUGUACGGAUGGACUCUUCUUCAACGAGCUGACGCAGCAGUGUGACUUCGAGGCCAACGUCAAGUGCGGCGUGAUACCGGACGAGGAGCUACAAGGCGAAUUCAUUGUGUACAAAAACUAGGUUCAUUGCG